UACACGGUGCACAGAUUGCGCGUUCACGUGAACGACCCUGACUAAACUUCCAGGAGAAUCCACGGUGAAGUUUGGACAAGGAAAGCCGCACUUGGUUCACUGUGUUGGGGGGGACUGUGGAACGUUCAGUGACGCUAAAACAACCAAGCACCAUGGACGACCUGGAUGCCUUACUAGCUGACCUGGAAUCGACGACAUCCCACAUUUCAAAGCGACCAGUGUUUUUGCCAGAUGAGACCCCCUACUCCAUCCCCACCAGCGGACACUACUACCAGGAUGUAUCAGUUCCACCUCCAGUCCCACCUCCACCAACAACAGAAGCUCUCAACGGUUCACUGCAAGACCACAAAGAUUCUUGCCACUCCUCUCAGCAGUCUCUAGGUUCAGGCCAAAAGAACUCAUGGUCACGGGACAGUAGCAGCUCUCCAAAUUCUCACAUCGAAGAAGACCACGUCUACAGCUUUCCCAACAAACAGAAAUCAUCUGACUCAUCGACAGCAGCCAUGACCUCUGCCCUGGGCAGCAACUUGUCAGAGCUUGACAGGCUACUGCUGGAGCUCAAUGCGGUUCAACAGAGCUCCCCUUCAUUCCCCACUACAGAGGAGAGGGCACCCCCCUUGCCAUCCACCAGCAUCACCCACUAUGAAAACGGCAAUGCCCCUGAAAUCAGAGUGAGUCCACCUCCUCAGGAGGAGCCCAAUAGAAAUGGAACGAAGCCGGAUGAAGCUCGGUCUACAGUGGAGAGUCUUUUGGAUGAGCUAGAGGGUUCAGUGCCUUCCACCAGCCCCUCCCCUCGCCACAGCGAUUUGGAUAGCUCCUCUCAGCAGCAAGCACGGAUUUCAGCUUCAUGUGCCACAAGAGAGUUAGAUGAACUGAUGGCCUCCUUGUCUGACUUCAAGAUGACUCAAGGCAAAGGUGGUGCUCCCGGCGGUGCCAAGACUCAGGUCAAUAAGCUGGACAACAUGCUUGGCAGCCUGCAGUCGGACCUCAACAAACUGGGUGUGCAGACGGUCGCUAAAGGAGUGUGUGGCGCCUGCUUGAAGCCAAUCGUGGGACAGGUGGUGAUCGCCAUGGGACGCACAUGGCACCCUGAACACUUUGUGUGCACGCACUGUCAAGAGGAGAUCGGCUCCAGAAACUUCUUUGAGCGAGAAGGACAGCCGUACUGUGAAAGAGAUUACCAUAACCUAUGCUCCCCACGAUGCCACUACUGCAACGGGCCCAUACUCAAUCAAGUUGUAACUGCACUGGAUAAAACAUGGCACCCUGAACACUUCUUCUGCGCUCAGUGUGGAUGCUUCUUCGACCCAGACGGUUUUCAUGAGAAAGAUGGAAAGGCCUACUGCAGGAAGGACUACUUUGACAUGUUUGCGCCAAAGUGCGGUGGUUGUGCCAGAGCCAUUGUGGAGAACUACAUCUCAGCGCUCAACUCCCUUUGGCAUCCAGAGUGUUUUGUUUGCAGGGAGUGUUUCACGCCGUUUGUGAAUGGAAGUUUCUUCGAACACGACGGCCAGCCCUACUGUGAAGUCCACUACCACGAGCGCCGCGGUUCGCUGUGCUCCGGCUGUCAGAAACCCAUCACAGGUCGUUGUAUCACAGCCAUGGCCAAGAAGUUCCACCCUGAACACUUUGUCUGUGCUUUCUGCCUCAAGCAACUCAACAAAGGCACCUUUAAGGAACAAAACGACAAACCCUACUGCCAUGGCUGCUUUGUCAAGCUGUUUAGUUAAGGAGGGCAGCACCAACUAUACUUGUGGUAUUGCACACUUCUUACUUUUGGGUCUAGAAAAAGCAAAGUAAGGUGUAAACCUGUUCAUUUGUAUCAGAGAAGAUGUACGGAUUUACUUUAUGCAGUGUCUAAACUUUAGACUGUGGUGUAGAUACAGAUAUAGUUACAUUUAAGAACACCCAAAAUCAUCGAGGUUGCGUGUUUGUACUCCAUAUCAGCGUUGUCACGCAACCCUCGUUUCUUUAUUUUUUACUUUCUUUAAUGAGUUUGUUGUAUUUCAGAUGGGGAAAGUGUUACGACGACUGAAGCAAUCCUGAAAUGUGCCUAUUUAACAUUCUCACUGGUUGAGUGUGUCCUUUUUAGGAAUGAAAACAAGUGCAAAUCACAGCAUUAGCAGGGAGCAGGUGACCUGUUACAUUAUUACAAAAUUAGUGUUCAUUGUAUCGAACGUUUGACAAAGUGCAUUAAUUAACCUGAAUCGUGGUUUGAAUGGAAAUUUGAUUUGUGCGUUUUUAUCUUUGUGGACACAUUUGUUAAUACCGUCAUUUGAUGUACGCCAAUCAUAAAUAUCAGCGAGAAGAACAACACAACAAUGCGUAUCAUUCAAGUACUUGUAUGUCUGUCAGAAAUUACACAAUUGUUUGAGCUGUUCCAAGCAACAAUCUUGUUUUUUCUAUUCCACUGCAAUAUCAUUCCUUAUUUUCACAGAGAAUAAACAGUCAUUGUUUAUUCAUUCUUCAUUCAAACAAGUGUAACUUUUCACAGAUAUUGAUAUUGAUAUAUCUCCUACUGAUACACUGUACUGCAAUGAAUCAGAGGUGCCUUUUUGUACAUCUGCAGCUGAAAUACUUGGUAUGAAUAUGACAGAGAUAUUUAAUACUAGUUGGCUUGUGUGUGUUGUCAAUCUGUGGUAUGGCUGUCAGUCAGCAUGUACGUUGGCGUUGAUACCUGGUGGUAUUUAAAGACCAAAAAUAAGAUAACCACCAGGCUGAAUGUGCACGGAGUUCUUGAAAGUCUUUUUCUGUCUCAUAGGAGUUAAUGCACUAGCUGUCAAACGAUUUUAAGUUAUUUAACCAAAACCAUGUACCCUUCAUAUGUUUGUGUUUCAUAUAUAUCAUUUCUCUGUCUUGUUUUUGAACGUUAAAAGUGUGUCUUUAGUAAGAUCCCUCACCUAUAGGCCGAGUACAGGAAUAAAUUCCCUU